UGAUGCAAGGCUGAAGUGGAGGGGGGGGGAAUAGUUAGGCGGGGUCAGCGCUGGAGGUCAGUAGUGGCGGUGAUGUAACGUGUGUACGGGUGUCACACAUGGCUCUGCCCGCAGCCUCUCCGGUCUCCGCGGUGAAGCAACUCUUCGGGCACGUCCAGUACGAGAACCUGGUGGCCGGCCUGAGCGGGGGCGUCAUCUCCACCCUGGUGCUUCACCCCCUAGACCUGGUCAAGAUCCGCUUUGCAGUGAGUGACGGCUUGGAGCUCCGACCAAAGUACAAUGGCAUCCUGCACUGCAUGUCCACUGUGUGGAAGCGCGAAGGUCUACGUGGUCUCUACCAAGGGGUCACCCCAAAUAUGUGGGGUGCAGGUGCCUCCUGGGGGCUUUACUUCUUAUUUUAUAACACCAUAAAGUCCUACAAAAAGGAAGGGAGAGCAGAAAACCUGACUCCAACAGAACAUCUCCUGUCCGCUGCCGGGGCCGGUGCCUUAACCCUUUCUAUUACCAACCCAAUUUGGGUUACGAAGACUCGCCUUGUUCUUCAGUAUGAUGCUGGCGUUGACCCUUCCAGACGGCAGUACAAAGGCAUGUUCCAUGCUCUGGCUAAGAUUUAUAGGCAGGAAGGAAUCCCCGGACUGUACAAGGGCUUCGUACCAGGCCUGCUGGGGACGUCACAUGGUGCCCUCCAGUUUAUGGCCUAUGAGGAAUUAAAAGUUGAAUAUAAUAAACAUCUAAACCGGCCAAGUGACACAAAACUGAAUACCUUGGAAUACAUCACAAUGGCCGCCUUGUCCAAGAUAUUUGCUGUGACUUCUACUUACCCCUAUCAGGUUGUGCGCGCUCGCUUACAGGAUCAGCAUAAUCAAUACACGGGAGUAAUAGAUGUGAUCAGACGGACGUGGAGGAAUGAAGGCUUCCGUGGAUUCUACAAGGGAAUCGUCCCCAACAUCCUCCGAGUCACCCCCGCCUGCUGCAUCACGUUUGUAGUAUAUGAGAAGGUCUCUCACUUUCUCUUUGGACUACGGAAACCAAAGGCGUAAAGAGAGAAAUCCCUUGUGACUGCUAAGUGUAAUGCUGGAGAUCCGCCGGUCUGCGGAGACAAUGGACAAUGUACAGAGAGCGGACGCUGCCAACACUUUCAGGGUUUUGAGUUUAUAGCUGUAUGAGUGCAGGUUUAUGUUUUAUUUAUUUUAUUUUAUAUGUGUACUUUGCUCUGCAUGAUGGAGAAUGUCUGUUUUCAGCUAUUACAAUCCGAGCAUUGACUGCUACUAUUUUUAUACAAUUCCACUUUUUUUUCCUUGGAAGUUAUUACAGCAGUCCAAAGGUUCCGUCAAAAAAAAUGAAUGUAACAAAGUGAAAAAAAAAAAAAAAAAAAACUAAAUUCCGAUUUAUUGGUCAUUUAUUGUAUGUUGGAUGCGGAUUUGCAUAUUACAGUGAAAUUCCUGUAAUCUGGUAUAUGACAAUGAGGGCUGAAGCUAACGAUUAUUUGUAAAAUUCGAUCAGUUGGUUGAUUUUAUUGGUUCAAUUAAUCGGAUAAAAAAAAAAUUUGCGAUUAGAGGACCAGGAAAGGGUUAAUGAGGAAGUGGGGACAGCACCAUGAAGAGUUAAUAGGGGGAAAAGAGAGGAGACAGCACGUGAAGGGUUAACCUAGGAGCUGCACUGCAGGGGAGAAGGAGCAGUUAACAGACCUUAGUGAUGGCCGUCCUCCUGCACCAGGAAGAUCUGUCAUUGCAGGGGGGAUGGAGAACGGAGUUUCUGGGGGGCUUCCGCAAUGUGAGGACUGUAGGCUUCUAGUGAGUGUAGGUGCCCAGGACAAGUGGGCCGCGCCGGCUUCCGGACUGCACUCCAGGCCUUGGUCUCUGUGCUAGAGCUAGGCCACAGAUGUGCAGGACAGCAACCUCUUUAAAAAGGGACUAAAAGGCAGGAAAAGUGGUAACAGUUGAAAUACUGUGUUACUAGGCAACGCCUCCUAACAACCAAGGCCACAUUCCACUGAAUCGAUAUUGGAAAUUGUCGACAAUGAUGUCCAUUACUGAAUACUCUGUACCUAAUCCUGACAUUGUACAUCUAAUUUUUAUGCCUCUAUCAUCUAUAUUUAUUAUAAAAUCCGUCUUUUCAUUAAUUCAGUGUUAGAAAUACUCUCAGGCGAAGGGGGCGUGUCCCUCCUUGUGCUGGUGGGAGGUGAUUGGUGUGUGGUAGGAGGGGGCUUGUCCCUCCUUGUGGUGGUGGGAG